AUGCAUCUGAUCGGCUUCGUCAAGGUCGACGUCUUCCAUCUGCUCGUGCUGGUCUCCGCGCAGAUCUCGUUUUGCCUUGCAGCUAGCGAUGGAGAGAUCGUAAGGUCUUUCGAGAGCAUCGUUGACACGGCGCACUCGCCCGUCCUGCAUAACACCGUGUCGUCCGAAAGCCUUCCAGCAGCCAACGUGGCGCGAGUGCCAAUGGAUCUGCCUCUUCUCAAUCCACCUCACCUGCCCGAUGGGCACAGCUCCACAACCGGAGCGCCCGUUUUGAGCCCCAAGCCGCUCUUCGCUGACGCCUUUUGGGGACCCAAACUGGAGGCUCUUCGCGCGCAGACGCUGGCCAGUCCUACCGGUAGCGAGUCCGCCUCGUCCACACAGGUCCAGCGGCUAGCAGCCGAGCUCGAAGAGCUCAUCGAGCGACCGUCAUUGCGUGUGCCUCCGCCGCUUCCGGUGCAGGAACGACGCACGAUCCUCCAAUCGAUCGCCGCGCAGUUUUCCACGCGUGGUGUCAUCCAGGGUCCCGCCGAGGUGCACCCGUUCACGGGCUCCCUCAACCCCUCUCUUCUCGGAGAAGUGUUCAAUCCGCACACGAACCUCCGCGAGCAUCGCUCCAAUCUGUUCGUCAUGACGGCGCACACCGUCCCAACCACACACAGCGUCGAUGCGGGCCUGCUGCUGUCGAGGACCAAAGAACACCACCUCUACGUGUGGAAGCGCACACCCCAAGAAUCCGGCAGCGUCUUUCAACUCAUCGGCGCCAUCGAAUCGCCUACCAAGGCAAGGCAGAUCGUCGCGUUCCUGACGGCGUUCAAGACGGGAAAGGAUUGGAGGAUCGUUGGGCCCGAUGCGGUGUGGGACCGCGACGGAAUGACCGCGCUCAAUGGUCGACCGCUCAAGUAUGGGCAGCGUUGA